AUGGAACACCUAUUGGCCAAUCCCAGAUAUAUGAACGACUUUAGUAAAGCAUUGGCUGCUGAAGUCCGGAUCCUCCUCCAAGAAGUGGGCAAGUUGCGCGAUGAGAAACGCGCAUUGCAAUACGAAGUCUCGGAGCUGCUUGCAGCAAAGGCUCGAUAUGGAGGAGAUGGGGAAUAUCAUCCCGAGUGGUAA